AUGGCGGGUGAAGACCAAUUACACCGGGCGCAUCGCCCUUCGAAGCCGAAGAAGAAGCACGACACCAGCCAGCCGAAUCCGAAAGCCUUCGCCUUCUCAGCUCCAGGACGACUAGCCAAGCAAGCAGCGCGAAGCCACGAUGUGCGCGAGAAGAGACUACACGUCCCGCUGGUCGACAGACUACCGGAAGAGGCGCCACCUCUGGUCGUAGGAGUAGUAGGUCCGCCAGGUGUGGGCAAGACCACGUUGAUCAAGAGCCUGGUGCGAAGAUAUACGAAGCAGACGAUCUCCGACCCUCGAGGACCGAUCACAAUUGUCACGAGCAAGAGGAGACGACUUACAUUUAUUGAGUGUCCGAGCGACAGUCUGGCGAGUGGCAUAGAUGUGGCGAAAGUCGUGGACAUCGUGUUACUCAUGAUCGAUGGCAACUAUGGCUUCGAGAUGGAGACGAUGGAGUUCUUGUCGGUACUCUCGAGCACCGGUAUGCCUGGCAACGUCUUCGGCAUCCUCACACAUCUGGAUCUGUUCAGGAAACAGGACACUCUGAAGGCGCAAAAGAAAAGGCUGAAGCAUCGAUUUUGGAGUGAGUUGUACCAAGGUGCCAAGCUGUUCUACCUCAGUGGUAUCAUCAAUGGAAGAUAUCCUGAUCGCGAGGUGCUGAACUUGUCUCGCUUUCUCUCGGUUAUGAAGAACCCUCGACCGCUGGUCUGGCGCAAUUCGCACCCCUAUGCUGUCGCAGAUCGAAUGCUGGACAUCACGCCACCUACACAGAUGGAAGAGAAUCCGAAAUGUGAUCGGACGGUCGCUCUCUAUGGAUACCUACGAGGAACGAAUUUUCCAAGUCACGAUGCUAGGGUCCAUGUGCCUGGUGUUGGAGAUCUCUCAGUUGGGGAGAUUGAGGCCUUGCCUGAUCCUUGUCCGACACCUCACUUCCAGCAAGCCAAGGAAAGAGCUGAUGGGUCCAAGAAGAGACGGCGUUUAGGCGAGAAGCAGAAGGUCAUCUACGCUCCGAUGAGCGAUAUAGGUGGCGUGCUGGUUGACAAGGACGCUGUGUUCAUUGACAUCAAAAGCAACACAUUUGACUUGGAGGAUGAGGAUGCUGAAAGAGGUCUGGGCGAACAAAUGGUGGUGGGUCUGCAAGGUGGACGCAGAAUGCUCGGUGAAGAUGAUCGAGGCAUCAGCCUUUUCAACAGCGGCGAGCGACUGAAAGAGGUCCAGGACGAUGAUGUUGACAACACUGGCCGGAAGAACCGACGGCAACCAGCCGCUCUCGAUCAAGAUGAGGACGGUGAAGAGGCGGAGAAUGAGGUCGACGAAGGGUUUGAAAGUGGCGAGAGCGACGACGAUGCGGACUUGGAGGCGCUACAACAGGCGCCUGAGAAGAUCGGCAGGGCACGGAAAGACAAGCAGGUCGAUGGUGACGUUGCUUUUGCAGAUUCAGACAGUGAUUUGGGUUCCAUCUCUGGCGAGGAGGACGCAGACGAUGCGGACGGCGAUGCUGAUGGUUUCGAAGAAGACGGUGAUGGAGAAAUCGUUGAUGGAGAGGACUUUGACGAAGACGAUGAAGGCGAGUUGAGAUGGAAAUCGCAGCUUGCAGAGCGCGCGCAAGAACUUCAUGGACGAAGACGCCCGUAUCGGGUAGCGGAGCUGGCGAAGAUGAUGUACGAUGAUAUGCUAUCUACUGCUGAAGUCAUCAAGAAGUGGCGUGGAGAGGACCAAGGUGAAGCGUUGGAGAAGGACGGCGAGCAAGAUGACGGCUUCUUCAAGCGACGAGAGGACACGGCCAAUUUGGACGAAGAUCGCAUGAUCCCAAUGCUUGACUAUGAAGCCCUUGAAGACAAGUGGACGAAUGACGACAAUGUCGAAGCUCUGCGCCAUCGGUUCGCUUCUACGAGAGUGACUGGCGCCAACGCUGAAGCGCUUGAGGAGGACGAUGACGAUCUUGAUGCCGAUGGCGAUGAUGACGAAGGUGACGGCGCUUUCGAGGAUUUGGAGGCUGAAACAGAUGCGGCUGGUGAGGAGCCGGACUCAUUAGAAGCUGAACGAGAGAAGAACGCAAAGCGAAAAGAAGAGCUGAAGCUACGGUUCGAAGAAGAAGACCGAGAAGGCUUCCUCAACCCGAAGAACACUAAUCGUCAAGCCUCCGGUGCAGACGAACAGCACGAAUAUGGCGAAGACGAGUGGUACGACGCGCAAAAGGCAUUGUUGCAGAAGCAGCAGGACAUCAACCGCAAGGAGUUCGAGAGCCUCGACGACAUCUCACGGGUGCGAGCGGAAGGCUAUAAAGCUGGAACCUACGCCAGACUGACCUUGACGAACGUGCCGUAUGAGUUCGUCGCGAACUACAACCCUCGCUUCCCUCUCCUCCUCGGCGGCCUGCAACCGACAGAAGAGCGCGUGGGCUAUGUCCAAGUCCGCAUCAAGCGCCAUCGCUGGCACAAGAAGAUCCUCAAGACCAACGACCCGCUCAUCUUCUCCCUCGGCUGGCGUCGCUUCCAAUCAAUUCCCAUUUACAGCACCUCCGACAACCGCACGCGUAAUCGCAUGCUUAAGUACACACCGGAGCACAUGCACUGCUUCGCCACUAUCUAUGCCCCGCUGGCCACACCCAACACCGGCUUCUGCUGCGUGCAGAGCUUCAGCAACAAGAACCCCGGCUUCCGCAUCGCCGCUACAGGAGUCGUGUUGAACGUUGACGAAGGCACCGAGAUCGUCAAGAAGUUGAAGCUCAAAGGCCACCCUUACAAGAUCUUCAAGAACACCGCUUUCAUCAAAGACAUGUUCUCCUCCGCCCUCGAAAUCGCCAAGUUCGAAGGCGCAGCCAUCCGCACCGUCUCUGGUGUCCGCGGACAGAUCAAGAAAGCUCUCAGCAAACCCGAAGGUCACUUUCGCGCAACCUUCGAGGACAAAGUGCUAAUGAGCGACAUCAUCUUCCUCCGCGCCUGGUACCCCAUCCGGCCCCGCCGCUUCUACAACCCCGUCACCAACCUCCUGGACACCACCGCCGGCGGCACCGCCGACGCCUGGUCCGGCAUGCGCCUCACCGGCCAGAUCCGGGCCGAACAGAACCUCCCCACCCCGAAAGACCAAAACUCUCUCUACCGCCCCGUCGAACGCGCGGAAAGGCACUUCAACCCCUUACGCGUGCCGCGCAAACUCCGCGCCGACCUGCCGUAUAAAUCGCAGAUCACGCAGAUGAAACCGCAGAACAAGCAAUCGUACGCCCAGAAACGCGCGGUGGUGUUGGGAGGAGAGGAGAAGGUGGCGAGGAGGCUGAUGCAGCAGGUCAUGACGCUGCGAAAGGAGAAGGUGGAGAAGAGGGCGAAGAAGCAGGAGGAGCGGAAGGUGGGGUACAGGGAGAAGGUGCGGGAGAAUGAGGAGAAGAAGAAGGAAAGGGAGAAGAAGGAGCGGGAUCGGUUUUGGGCGAAGGAGGGGAGGAAGAGGAAGGGGUGGGCUGAUGGGGAGGGUGAGGGGGGUGGGAAGAGGAGGAAGACUUAG